AUGGAAAUGGAAAUGGUUAUAGUGCCAGUGUGCAGCCUGACUAUGCAAGUCUUGGUCAGGGUGCUGCUGCUGCUGCUGCUGAUGCUAAAUCAGGUGGUGCUAAACAAAUACCUUACAAUGGAGCCCCAGUGGUUCCUGCAGGGAUAGAUGGAAUCAGUCAGUUUGAGCCUCAGUCUGCUAGUCUUGGUCCAAAUGGAAAGUCGGGCAGCAUGUAUGGUGGAAUGGGUGGCUUGCCUUAUGGUGGUCAGACGCUUGGAAUGGGUGCAGAGAAGUCAAACACCAAGUACGGCAUCGGUGGGCUGCAAUUUGGAGGACAGCCCCUCAGUACAGGAACUAAUGGUGCAGGAAAGUAUGGAUAUGGUGGAGGACAAUACGGGCCUGCAGGUAAUGGGAAAUCAUCUGGAAAAUAUGGUGGUCUUGGUGCCAGCAUAGGAGGAGAUCCCGCUGCUGGAAAAUAUGGGCCUGGAGGGUUUCCCAGUGGUGGGCAACUUUUUGGUCUUGGCAGUAAUGGAAAUAUGGCCGGCAAAUAUGGUUAUGGAAGACUUCCUUAUGAAGCUCAAGCAGCCGGACUGAGCCCUGAGGCCACAUCUGCUGGCAAAUAUGGUCUGGCAGGGUCACCAUAUCAGCCUGAGCCUCUUGGGCUUGGAAAUAAUGGAAAAUUAACAAGCAAAUACGGAGGCGGUGAAGUUCCCUAUGCACCACAAGCUCUCGGUUUUGGUGGUGAAGCAAAAUCUGCAGGGAAAUAUGACCAGGGAGCACACCAGUCACAGCCCCUUGAAUCUGCAUCUGAAGGUACAGCUGGUUUACCUUAUGAGUCCCUGCCUCUUGAGCCAGAUUCAGCUGGAAAAUCCUACGUGAAGGGUGAGCUACCAUCUCCAGCAAUUGCAGUUGAAGGCGAGGGGAUGUCGGUUGAUAGAUAUGAAAAUGUGGGCUACAUAAAUGGACAAGUGCAGCCAGAAGUUGUUGCGUUUCCUGCAGCUCCCACUCCUAGCCCCACCUUGGCCUACCCCUCUGUCCCAUCCUAUCUGCCCGUAGAGUCCUCCUUCACACCCAAAGUGGUUCUUGGCGCGGGCGUUGAAGGCCUGCCCGACCCUGCGGCGGGCACCGCCAGCCUCAGCCUUGAUUCCGCACCCGCCACAGAGACGAACGGUGCAGUUCAGGUGCCCGAGCAAUCCGACGCCCUGCUACAACAGCAGCUGCCACGGCAGAUACACAUUCAGCAGCAGUUCAAACUGCAUUUUCACCCACAAGGCAAGUCCCAAAGAGGUAAAAGCACUGCAAGACAGAUCAUUUAGACUCCAAUAAAGUAAUGAGGUGGAAGGGAGCAGCAGAGGAAGAUGAAGGAUGA